AUGGAGGCCACUCUCUUCACAUUCCCCACCUCAAAACCCCCACUAUCCUCCUCUCACACCCUCUCACUCAAAAACCACUUCAACAAUUCACUUCUAACCCAACCCAAUUUCAAUCUUUCCAUCCAUCACCACCGCAAACCACCACCCACUUCAAUCCGCGCCGCCAUAAGUCGGACAAAGAAAGAAGAAACCGUAGAAACCGUCAAACAACAACUCGAAGACUGCUACCUCUUAGCCGGCAUCAAAUACAAAGGCUUCACAGUCAAACAAUUCCAAGAACUAAGAACUUCACUCCCUGAAUCAACCAAGCUCAUUGUUGCCAAGAACACUUUAGUCCUUAAAGCCAUCGAAGGCACAAAAUGGGAAGCUCUGAAACCGUGCAUGAAGGGCAUGAACGCUUGGUUGUUUGUUCACAGUCAGGAAAUUCCCGCGGCGAUAAAACCGUAUCGGAGUUUUCAGAAGGAGAAGAAGUUGGAGGAAAAUGAUUUUUCUGGGGCGGUUUUUGAAGGGAAGUUUUAUGCUCCGGAGGAGUUUAAGGCUUUGGAAUCGAUGCCGACGAGGGCGGAGAUUUAUGCGAAGCUUUUGGGGUCUUUGAAGGGUCCGGCGUCGGCGGUGGUGGGGACACUUCAGGCUCCAGCCAGGGAUUUGGUGAUGGUGUUGAAGGCUUAUGUUAAAAAGUUGGAAGAGGAAGGUGGGAAAUAA